AUGGCGCCCAACCCGAUCGCCGACGGCCACGAGCAGCAGGACAAGGACGUGCUGGUGUACGACGCCCCCGGGUUCUUCGCCCCGGACAGCCGAGUGCCGCGCUGGCUGCAAAGUGUCGCGACGGACCUCUUCAGCUUCGUGAUCCUGCACUACUUCGUCUGGGGGGUGCCCUUCCUCGUCCUGUUCUACGUCUUCCACAAGAUCGGCCUCGACUACGUGUCCAUCGCGAUGGUAGUGCUCUACCUGCCGUCGUUCUUCAGCGGGGCCCACAAGACGGGCAGGGGCAACGUGUGGGAGGGUCUGCGCACCUCCAGCCUCUGGGGGCUGCUCAACAAGUUCCUCAGGGUGAAGAUCAUCCGAGAGCAGGAGCUGGACCCCAACAAGCAGUACAUCUUCGGGUUCCACCCCCACGGAAUCAUCGUCCUCUCCCGGAUCGCCAUUUUUGGCGGCAGCUUCGAGGACAUUUUCCCGGGCAUCAAGUACAGAAUCCUCGGGGCGUCUCCAAUGUUCUACAUCCCGCUAGGACGCGAAUUGUGUUUGUGGAUGGGCGGGGUCGACGCCUCGAGAUCAACGGGCGAAAAGGUCCUAGACGAGGGCAACAGCAUCGUCGUCUACCCUGGCGGCGUGGCGGGGAUCUUCAAAACAAACCCGAACUCGAAGGAGACACAAUUAGUGCUGAAGAAUCGGCUCGGCUUCGUCAAACUCGCCAUGAACCAUGGGGCGGAUCUCGUGCCGACUUUUGUCUUCGGCGAGAAGUGGCUCUACAACAUGUGGAACCCGCCCACGGGUGUGAUCAGCUUCUUCCGCAAGACGCUGGGCAUCCCCGUGCUCGUCUUCUGGGGCAAGUUCUGGUGGAUGCCCAAAGCUCCCGCCAAGGGCAAACGCUUCGGAGUCGUCUACGGGAAACCCAUUUCCACAAAACACAGUGGGAACCCGACGGACGAGGAGGUCCGUGCCAUCCACACUCAGUACAUUGCCGAGAUCGAGCGCAUCUUCAAGCAGUACAAGUCGGAGUUCGGCUACGAGGUGGACGAGACGUUGGCCAUCAUGUAA